AUGGCGGCACCAGACCUGGAAUCUUUCAGGAGAAGUAGCAUGUUCGAUGGCUCGUUUAGACAAAGCUUAAGAGAUGGGCUACUCCCACAACAGACCAGUGACUAUUCCUAUAUGUUUGAAGACAGAACUCACGCCCGUUGCUGCUCCUACAGGUACUUCUCCGACAAGAUCACUGGGUUUGUGAAGAAAUCAAAGGAUGUUUUGGUUACGGCGUGGGAGAUGGGAACAACGGACCCGAGGAAGAUUAUAUUCUCAGCCAAGAUGGGUUUGGCUCUGACACUCGUUAACAUUCUCAUCUUCUUUAAGCUCCCAGGAUCAGAGCUCAGCAACCACUAUCUCUGGGCAAUUCUCACAAUAGUUGUCAUCUUCGAGUUCAGAGCCACCUUUAGCAAAGGAUGCAACAUAGGACUAGGAACGUUAUCCGCAGGAGCUUUGGCGCUUGGCAUGGCUGAGGUAUCCUAUAUGACUGUAAAAUGGGCAGAGGUUUUCAGUACUGCUAGCAUCUUCGUAGUAGCCUUUUUGGGGACUUAUGCAAAGCUAUAUCCAACGAUGAAGCCCUAUGAGUACGGAUUCCGAGCGUUCUUGCUGACCUAUUGCUACGUAAUAGUGUCGGGAUACAGAACAGGGGAGUUCAUGGAAACAGCUGUCUCAAGGUUCCUUAUGAUAGCACUUGGUGGUAGCAUUGGCCUCAUUGUGAACACUUGCAUUUAUCCCAUAUGGGCCGGGGAUGAUCUCCACAACUUGAUCGCAACGAACUUUGUGAAUGUCGCCACUUCUUUGGAAGGUUGUGUGAAUGCAUAUCUCAAUUUCGUGGCAUACGAUACAAUGCCAUCGAUGAUUCUGGUAUAUGAAUCUGUCACUGACGAUCCAGUCUACACUGGCUACAGAUCAGCUGUUCAAUCCACACAAGCCAAGAAGACACUCUGGUAG